UUGGAUUGAAGACGGAAAUCACAAAGUUACGUCCUCUCCCGUCUCCGACGAGAAACGAACAUGUUCUUUUACGCCUGCGCUAAAAUAUCGACUGCAAUGGAAAUCUCAUGCCCUACAUUUCUCCUCCCCCAAACAAAUCGCAAUUUCGCUUUUAAAAUUCCUCAAUCCGCCAUGGAUUUCACCUCUCCAAAUCUCUCUCCCUCUCAAUCAGCCUCAAAACCGCCAUGGCCGUCGCUCCUUUCUCCAUAACCGACAAAGACCUACUCAAAGACGAGCCUCUGAAACUCCUCUCUCCGAACAAUCCGUCGCCGGAGGAGACGAUCUUCCUGUCGAACAUCGAUCUGGCGGUGGCCUUCACCGUCGAAACCGUCUACUUCUUCGAGGACGGUCCGGCGGCGGAGAUCUCGAGGAUCGUGAAGAGGGCGUUGGCGAUUCUUUUGGUUCCGUACUAUUUCUUGGCCGGUCGACUUCAGGUGAACCGGGAGAGCGGGCGGUUGGAGCUGGCUUGUAACAAUGCCGGCGUUCUGUUUGUGAAUGCGAAAUCGAAGGUGAGGAUGAAGGAUCUUGGGGAUUUGUCGCUUCCGAACCCGAGUUUUUGUCACUUUGUUCAUCGGCCAGGUCUCCAUAGAAGCAUCCAUGAAAGACCACUAUUUACCGUUCAGGUUACGGAGUUUGAAUGCGGCGGAUAUGCAAUAGGAAUGGUGACAAACCACGGCAUUUUGGACGGCAAAUCCGCGGCGGAGAUGUUCCAAAACCUAGCCUCAAUCUGCUGUGGCGGCGGUCUCAAAACCCAAUCCAUUUUUAACGACAGAACAAUUUUCAAAGCCCGAAAGCCUCCUCUCAUUACACACCCCCACCAAGAAUACACCCCUUUUUCCCCAACUCAAAAACAACUCCCCUCCGCCUUCACCGCCCUCACCAAGCCUUCCCCCACCCCAUCGCCACACAUCUCCGCCUCCAACCGCCGCCACACCCUCAUCCCCUUCACCCCCUCCACCAUCGCCACUCUCAAGCGCGCCGCCGCUCCCACCCCCUGCUCCACCUUCGAGGCCAUUUUGUCCCAGCUCUGGCGUGCCAGGACUCACGCGGUCUACCCGGACCGGCCGGGCGAAAUCUCCAUGGUUUUAUUCGCGGUUGAUAUCCGAUCCAAAAUCCGCCCGGUUCUCCCAGAUGGGUUCGUCGGAAACGCCGUGGUGACUGGGUUUGCGGCAGCGCGUGUGGCGGAGGUGGUGGAACGGCCGUUUUCGUUUUGUGUGGAGAAGGUGAAGGAAGGGAUUGAGAGGGUGUCGACGGAGGAGUAUGUGAGGUCGGCGAUUGAUUGGCUGGAGGUUUAUAGAGGGAUUCCGGCGACUUGUAAUGGGAAUAGUUUUUAUGUUUCGGCUUGGUGGAAGUUACCGUUUAAGGACUUGGAUUUUGGGUAUGGAAAGCCGGUACACGGCGGUCCGGUGGCUAAUGGGAAUGAUGAGUUUGUGUUGUUGCUUUCUCCGGCCAACGGCGGAGAGAGUGGCGGAGGGAGGAGUAGAAGUAGUGUUAAUGUUUGGAUUAGUUUGGAGAAGGAGAAGAUGAAGAAAUUCAUGCGUUAUAUAUUUGCAAUUUGAUCUAAUUGCUAAUGCUAACUACUCGAUGAAUCCUAUCCAAGAAAAAAAGAGUAUAGUUUUUAAAUUAUAAGUUUUGAAUGUGAUGAAUAAAAUUUGAUGAGUGUUGCAAUUUUUCACUUUUU